AUGGAAAAAACAUCAGCAUCUCCCAGCGGUGGUAAAAAGUUAGCGGGAAAAGUGGCCAUAGUCACAGGCGGCGCCAGCGGCAUCGGGGAAGCGACUGUUUGUGUGUUUGCCGACGAGGGCGCCCUUAUGGUGGUGGUUGCGGAUGUCCAAGAUGAUCUUGGGAAUCAGGUAGCUGCCUCCAUUGGUACUCACAGGUGCACCUUCCUCCAUUGCGAUGUAACGGACGAAGAUCAAGUGAAAAGCCUUGUCCAGCCAACUGUCUACAAUCAUGGACAACUGGAUAUCAUGUUCAGCAACGCUGGAAUCCUUAGUCCAGCCGAACAUGUGAAAUCUUAUUUAGUUAAGAGUACCGUUUUUGGUGUCCACAUGCCGUCUAUGAUGCCCACAAAUUAUGAUGGCUAUGCUAGCUAUGGAUAA